GCCGAAAGAAUGGGUCGAGUGUCUUUCGAAGAACCAGUUGAGAACACCAUCAUCGAGGAAGAUGAACCUGUAAACAUCUACCCGUAUGAGAACACGCCACAGAACAAGUCAUGGGCUGGCGCACUCCCCGUGAAGCAGGGUCUCUACGACCCUGAGCUUGAGAAGGAUGCCUGUGGUGUCGGUUUUGCUGCCCACAAGAUUGUCAGUGAUGCACGAAACCUCCUCUGCAACAUGACACAUCGUGGUGCUGUAGGUUCGGAUGCGCGUGAUGGCGACGGUGCAGGUGUCAUGACAUCGAUCCCUCACAAGUUCUUCGUCAAGAACUUCGGANAAGAGCAAGGAUACACAUUGCCCAAGCAAGGACAAUACGCUGCCGGAAACGUCUUCUUCAAGCCCGAUACCGAGGUUUUGAAGGAGACACUGAACACAUUCGAGGAAGUGGCAGACGGCCUUGAUCUGCGAGUCUUGGGCUGGCGUGAGGUUCCUCGCGACUCUUCGCUGCUUGGUCCCGCAGCUGCCUCUAGAGAACCUAUUAUCCUUCAGCCCUUCAUUGUGCUUAAGUUUGCAUAUGGUGAGGCUAAUGCACCCAAGGAGUCCUUCGAGGAGGAGUUCGAUGAGCCAUACUUCGAGCGCCAGCUAUAUGUACUGCGCAAGCGUGUCACCCACGUCAUUGGCCUGCACAACUGGUUCUACCUCUGUUCUUUGAGCAACAAAAACAUCGUCUACAAGGGACAACUUUCUCCCGUACAAGUCUACGAAUACUACUUCGAUCUGGUCAACGUUGACUACGAGGGUCACUUUGCCCUGGUCCACUCGCGUUUCUCCACAAACACAUUCCCCUCAUGGGACAGAGCACAGCCUCUUAGAUGGGCAGCUCACAACGGAGAGAUCAACACUCUUCGCGGAAACAAGAACUGGAUGCGCGCAAGAGAGGGUCUGAUGAAGUCCGACUUGUUCGGAGACGAGCUGGAGAUGCUUCUGCCCAUCAUCGAAGAUGGUGGCUCUGACUCUGCUGCUUUCGAUAACGUUCUUGAGCUUCUCACCAUCAACGGUGUUUUGUCUCUGCCCGAGGCAGUCAUGCUCAUGGUUCCCGAGGCAUGGCAAGGAAACCGCGCCAUGGACCCUGCUAAGCAAGCCUUCUAUGAGUGGGCAGCCUGUAUGAUGGAGCCCUGGGAUGGUCCCGCUCUCUUCACAUUCGCCGACGGCAGAUACUGUGGUGCCAACCUUGACAGAAACGGUCUCCGUCCUUGCAGAUACUACAUCACAGACGAUGACCGCAUUGUUUGCGCUUCUGAAGUCGGCACCAUUCCCAUCGAGCCUGAAAAGGUUGUUCAGAAGGGUCGUCUUCAGCCUGGUAAGAUGCUUUUGGUUGAUACUGUCGCCGGUCGCAUCGUUGAUGAUGCCGAGCUGAAGCAGACUGUCUCCAAGCGCAAGGAUUUCCAGAGCUGGAUUAGCAGCCAGCUUAUUACCAUGCCCAGUGUUCAUGACAAGCUCAGCGAGAAGGGUGCUGAUCUCGGUUUCACCUUGUCAGAGACCAGAGUCCAGGAAGACCCUAGACUGAAGGCCUUUGGUUACUCUCUCGAGCAAGUCAGUUUACUGCUCGGUCCUAUGGCUGCCGACUCCAAGGAAGCUCUUGGAUCUAUGGGUAAUGACGCCCCGUUGGCAUGUCUGGCACAGCAGCCCCGUCUGCUCUACGAAUACUUCAGACAGCUCUUCGCUCAAGUCACCAACCCUCCCAUUGACCCUAUCAGAGAAGCCGUUGUCAUGUCGCUCGAGGCCUACGUUGGUCCUCAGGGUAACUUGCUCGAGAUGAGCCCCUCUCAGUGCCACCGUCUCCUGCUUCCCUCGCCUAUGCUCUCUAUCGAAGAGUUCAACGCACUGAGCCAGAUCUCGCAGCUGCACCGUGAGUGGAAUGUUCACACCGUCGACAUUACCUUCCCCAAGAAGGAGGGCAUUCAAGGUUACCUUGAUGCUCUUGACCGUAUCUGUGACCAGGCUGCAGAGGCCAUCGAGAAGAACGACAGAAUCAUCGUCCUGUCCGAUCGCGCUACUUCGGCCGAUCGUGUCGCCGUUUCUGCCAUUCUUGCUACUGGUAUGGUUCACCACCAUCUUGUCCGCAAUAAGUGGCGUUCGCAGGUCGCUUUGGUCGUCGAGACUGCUGAGGCUCGUGAAGUUCACCACAUGUGUGUUCUUGUCGGUUACGGUGCUGAUGCCAUCUGCCCUUACCUUGCAAUUGAGUGUAUCAUGAAGAUGGCUCGUGAGGGUCUGAUCAGAAAGAAGCUCACCCCUGAGCAGCUCAUUGACAACUACAAGCACUCUCUGGACGGUGGUAUCCUGAAGGUCAUGUCCAAGAUGGGUAUCUCUACCCUUCAGAGUUACAAGGGUGCACAGAUCUUUGAGGCUCUUGGUAUCGAUGACUCUGUCGUCGACCGCUGCUUCACUGGUACUGCCACUCGUAUUAAGGGUAUGACUUUCGAGCUUAUUGCCCAGGACGCCUUCGCUCUUCACGAGAAGGGCUACCCUAGCCGCAACAUCCUGGAGAUCCCUGGUCUUGCCGAGACUGGUGAAUACCACUGGCGUGACGGCGGUGAGCCUCACGUGAACGAUCCUACCUCUAUUGCCAACAUCCAGGAUGCCGUCCGUACCAAGAACGACAAGUCAUACGAGGCUUACUCCAGAUCCGAGUACGAGCAAAUCAAGAACUGCACUCUCCGCGGUCUCCUUGACUUUGACUUCGAAGACCGUGCUCCCGUCCCUAUCGACCAGGUCGAACCUUGGACUGAGAUUGUCCGCAGAUUCGUUACCGGUGCCAUGUCUUACGGAUCCAUCUCGAUGGAAUCGCACUCUACCCUUGCUGUCGCCAUGAACAGAUUGGGUGGUAAGUCCAACACCGGAGAAGGUGGUGAGGAUCCCGAGCGUAGUUUGCGUAUGGACAAUGGCGACACUAUGCGCUCUGCUAUCAAGCAGAUUGCCUCUGGUCGUUUCGGUGUCACCAGUGCCUAUCUGGCUGACGCUGAUGAGCUUCAGAUCAAGAUGGCUCAGGGUGCCAAGCCUGGUGAGGGUGGUGAGCUUCCUGGACACAAGGUGUCUGGACCCAUCGCUCGCACUCGUCACUCCACUCCUGGUGUCGGUCUGAUCUCUCCCCCUCNNCCUCACCACGACAUUUACUCUAUUGAGGACUUGAAGCAGCUCAUCUACGAUCUGAAGUGCUCCAACCCCCGCUCCCGUGUCUCCGUCAAGCUUGUCUCGGAGACUGGUGUCGGUAUUGUCGCUUCUGGUGUCGCAAAGGCCAGAGCUGAUCACAUUCUGAUCUCUGGUCACGAUGGUGGUACCGGUGCUUCCAGAUGGACUGGUAUCAAGUACGCUGGUUUGCCUUGGGAGUUGGGUCUUGCCGAGACUCACCAGACUCUGGUCCUGAACGACCUUCGUGGUCGUGUCAUUGUCCAGACUGAUGGUCAACUUCGCACUGGUCGCGACGUUGCUAUUGCUUGUUUGUUGGGCGCUGAGGAGUGGGGUUUCGCUACCACUCCUCUCAUUGCUAUGGGAUGUAUCAUGAUGAGAAGCAAGUUCAAGGGUACCCCCGAGCACGUCAUCAACUUCUUCUACUACGUCGCCAACGAGCUUCGUGCUAUCAUGGCCAAGCUUGGUUUCCGUACCAUCAACGAGAUGGUUGGUCGUACUGAGGUUCUGCGCGUUCGUGACGACCUCCGCAACGGAAAGACCGAGAACAUCGAUCUUUCCCUCAUCUUGACACCUGCCCACACCCUCCGUUCUGGCGUUGCAACCUACAACGUCCGCAAGCAGGACCACAAGCUGCAUGUUCGUCUCGACAACAAGCUCAUCUCUGAGUCUGAGCUGGCUCUUGAGAAGGGCCACCCUUGCCGCAUCGAGUGCGAUGUUGUCAACACUGACCGUGCUCUUGGUGCAACUCUUUCAUACCAAGUCAGCAAGCGCUACGGUGAANAGGGUCUGCCCACUGACACCAUCCACGCCAACAUUCGCGGCUCUGCUGGUCAGUCUUUCGGUGCCUUCCUUGCACCCGGUAUCACUCUUGAGCUCGAGGGUGACUGCAACGACUACGUCGGCAAGGGUCUGUCCGGUGGUCGUUUGAUCGUCUACCCUCCCAGAAACGCAGUCUUCAAGGCUGAGGAGAACGUCAUUGUCGGUAACACUUGUCUCUACGGUGCUACCAGCGGUCAGUGCUUCUUCCGUGGUAUGGGUGCUGAGCGUUUCGCUGUCAGAAACUCCGGUGCCACUGCUGUCGUUGAAGGUGUUGGUGAUCACGGUUGCGAGUACAUGACUGGUGGUCGUGUCCUUAUUCUUGGACCUACUGGUAGAAACUUCGCCGCUGGUAUGUCUGGUGGUAUCGCUUACGUUCUCGACAUGCAGCGCGACUUCGAGNGCAAGGUCAACCAAGAGAUGGUUGAGCUUUCCUCUCUGGAGGACCCUGCUGAGAUCGCCUUCGUUCGCGGUCUUAUCGAGGACCACCACCACUACACUGGUUCCGAGCUUGCUGCUCGUGUUCUCCUCGACUUCUCGCGUGCCCUGCACCGCUUCGUCAAGGUUCUGCCUACCGACUACAAGCGUGUCAUGGAGGAGGAGGCCAAGAAGGCUGCCGAGGCCAAGAGAGCCCAAUACCCCCUCCCCAUCAUGCCCGGAAACCCUGUUCGCUCUCUCCACGAGGACUCCAACAAGAAGCAACACGAGGCUGAGGACCGUCAGAAGAAGAAGGAUGACCUUCUCGACAUCGAGGAGAGUGUCCAAGAUGGCAAGGCUGAGAAGAAGCGCUCUGCUCUUGUCCUCGACAAGACCAAGGGUUUCAUGAAGUACCAGCGUCGCUCUGAGAAGUACCGCAGCGCUAAGACCAGAACUCGUGACUGGCAGGAGCUUUCUCAGCGUCUGAAUGAGGAUGAACUCAAAUACCAGACCGCUCGUUGCAUGGAUUGUGGUGUACCUUUCUGCCAAUCGGAUACUGGAUGCCCUAUCUCUAACAUCAUCCCCAAAUGGAAUGAAUUAGUGUUCCAAAAUCAAUGGAGAGACGCCCUGAACCGCCUGCUCAUGACCAACAACUUCCCCGAGUUCACUGGUCGUGUCUGCCCUGCUCCUUGCGAGGGCGCUUGCGUUCUCGGUAUCAACGAAGACCCCGUUGGCAUCAAAUCCAUCGAGUGCGCCAUAAUUGACCGCGGUUUCGAGAUGGGCUGGAUGGUUCCUUCUCCUCCUCAGGUUCGCAGUGGCAAGACAGUUGCCAUUGUCGGAUCUGGUCCUGCUGGUAUGGCAGCUGCUGAUCAGCUUAACAAGGCUGGCCACAGUGUCACCGUUUACGAGAGAGCCGACCGUAUUGGUGGUCUGCUCAUGUACGGCAUCCCCAACAUGAAGCUUGACAAGAACGUCGUCCAGCGCCGUGUCGACUUCCUGGCUGCUGAGGGCAUCAACUUCGUCACCGGUGUAUCCGUUGGUGAGGGCGAUGUUACUCUCGAGUCUCUCAGAGCUGAGCACGACGCUGUCGUUCUCGCCACUGGUGCCACCGUCGCCAGAGACUUGCCUAUUCCUGGACGUAACUUGGAGGGUAUCCACUUCGCCAUGCAGUUCUUGCACAAGAACACCAAGUCCCUUCUCGACUCUGGUCUUUCUGACGGCGAGUACAUCUCUGCCAAGGACAAGCACGUUGUUGUCAUUGGUGGUGGUGACACCGGUAACGACUGUAUCGGUACUUCCGUUCGUCACGGUGCCAAGUCUGUUGUCAACUUCGAGCUGCUUCCUCAGCCUCCUACCGAGCGUGCUCGCGACAACCCCUGGCCUCAGUGGCCCCGGAUUUACCGUGUCGACUACGGUCACUCAGAGGUCAAGACCCACAUGGGUAAGGAUCCUCGUGAGUACUGCAUCCUUUCUAAGGACUUCGUCGACGAUGGCACUGGCAAGGUCAAGGGUAUCAACACUGUCCGUGUUGAGUGGACCAAGAGCGCUUCUGGUGGUUGGGACAUGAAGCAGGUCGAGGGCAGCGAGGAGUUCUUCCCUGCUGACAUUGUCCUGCUCUCUAUGGGUUUCCUCGGCCCUGAGGCUCGUGUCCUUGGUGACGAGAUCGAGAAGGAUGCUCGCAAGAACGUCAAGACUCCUCCUGGCAAGUACAACACCAACCUCCCUGGUGUCUUUGCCGCUGGUGAUUGCCGUCGCGGUCAAUCCCUGAUUGUCUGGGGUAUCAACGAAGGCCGCAUGGCCGCUCGUGAUGUUGACUCCUACCUCACUGGCAUGGGCACUCAAUUGCCCAUUACUGGUGGUAUUGUCAAGCGUCCUCCCUACGAGCUGCUUAACAAGCCCAAGGAUGCUCCAAUCGAGCUCGUCUCUGCCGCCUCGUAA